GGAAGGUUCAGAGGGUAGGAAUACUUUUGCAUUGUCGCUUAGGACCAAAGGGUGGCGCUGGACUGUGACGUUUUGGUAAAUGCCCACAUGAAGCUAGUUCUUGGUGCCUGAGAGAUUUCCACGGCGGGGGUUUCCUUCUGUCGUGUUCCUCUUUAAUGGAGCUCAUAGGAUUUCAUGAAACGUUUCUUCAUCUAUUGUAACACAGGGCUCUCCUCUUUCCAAACUACGGGCUGGUAAGCAGAGACGGGUUUAAAAACAAAGCUACUCCCUGGAAAAGUUUUCCGAGCUCGCGCUGAUUGUACAUCCUGUGAGACGCUUGAAAUGAUGUCACGGACUCCCCGCAUGACCAAAUAAGGAAAGUGACACACCAAACUUGAUUUUUUUUUUUAACGCCGAGUGUUUUUCGGCAUUAAUGAGCAGCAAAGCAACAAAGCGCUUCCAAGAGGACCGACAGGCCGCGACAAAACCGGCCGCUGCUCCGCCAACGUCCGCCUGAAAGCGAGCGCUGCCCCGCUUCUUCGGGUUUCCUUCAGGGGGUUAAAGAGGAAGCAGUUCCGCCCUCAGAGGCUGCUCAGGUCUGAGGGAGAACGAGCAGAAAGAAGAGGCAAGAGUCCAGCAGCCGAGCUGUGUCUAACUGUUCUAACUCCAACCAGGGCGCAGAUAGAGCCUAAACCGGACAGCUGGACUCCGGGAGGACUUUGGUACCCAGGUGGGACCUGUUGAUUCAGGGCCUGAAACGCUUUUUGAUCCUCGAAACGAGUCUCCCAGUUCAGGAAUGGUUGGAGAAGAGGAGAGAUUCAAACUGGUGGUGGUGGGAGGAGGUGGAGUGGGGAAGAGCGCCCUGACCAUCCAGUUCAUCCAGUCCUACUUUGUGUCAGACUACGACCCCACCAUCGAAGACUCCUACACCAAGGUCUGCACUGUGGGAGGGAAGGAAACCCGGCUGGACAUUCUGGAUACAGCAGGCCAGGAGGAGUUUGGUGCAAUGAGGGAGCAGUACAUGCGCUCUGGAGAAGGCUUCCUACUGGUGUUUGCUCUCAACGACCGGAGCAGUUUUCAUGAGGUUCAGAAGUUCCACACCCAGAUCCUGAGAGUAAAGGACCGAGACGACUUUCCUAUGGUGCUGGUUGGAAACAAGGCUGACCUGGAGCAGCACAGAGUGAUCUCCAGGGAGGACGCUCAGGCGUUUGCCAGAGAGAACUCGAUCCACUACAUGGAAGCUUCUGCAAAGAAUCGCUACAAUGUGGAUGAAGCCUUCAUGGAGCUGGUGAAAAUCAUCAGACGGUUUCAGGAGAUGGAGAGUCCUCCUCCUCCAACCCAACAACAAAGGAAACGAGACAGCCGUGGCUGUCCCUGUGUCAUCCUGUAGGCACCGUUACUAUGGACACCAAACCCUCAUCCCUCAUCUUGUACAGAGAAGUUUGUCUGCACGGGUGUGUGUGUGUGUGUGUGUGUGUGUGUGUGUGUGUGUGUGUGUACGUCAGAAUGACAGGUGUUUCAACCAACCUUCCAGAACUUUCUCCUUGCCAUUUACCAAAAACAAUGAUUUUAUUCAACAUAAUUUUUCUUUUCGUGAGAGGAGGAUGUAAAGGGAAGGCCGUUUUGCUGGAGCAGUUAGAGAAACGGGAAGUCAAACCUACUUGUUAUCACAGCAGAGCGUGCUGUACAGAGUAUGUGCCGCACGAUGCAGGAACAACUGUUUCAUCAUUCUAUGACUGACUGCCAUUUGAAAGGCACUUGAAGUAAUUUCCAAAUUCUGAGUGUGCAGGUGUUAUGACUGUGUAAGAAAGCAUUUCACAUGCUCGUGUAAUGUGGCGUGCCAAAAACUUGUCAGUUUUUUUUGUUUUUUUUUGUGUAUUUUCUGCCAUGGUCCAUGACUUCCUGAAGGGGGCAGCAGAGCCUGACAGCAAGAACAACAUGCCUGCCCCAUGUUAAGCUUUCUCAUGUUUUGGGUUGUGCCUUUAUCACCGGGGGGGCCACAACGGCACAGAUUGGAAGCAACCAUAAAUCUAGUGUGGCUUCUCAGGCCUGACCACAAUAAAAAGUGUUUCAGCUGGUGCCUUCGUAGUGCAGAAUCUGCAUACCUGGCACAGAUAAGUGGUUCAGUGGGAAAAAUGUUUUAUGAAAGAUUACACAAACUUCCGCUGGAUGCAGUAUUUUUUUUUAACAACAGAAGUCAUUCCUUUAUUUGCACAUUUGAGGCACGUUUUGUCUGCAGGAACUUCUCUAUUGACCUCUGUUUCCACUGCCACCAUACCAGGGUAAAGCUGAUUAGCAGGCUGGUAAUUUACCCCAGAAAGCAUCCCUAGAAAUGACGCAUAUAGUAAUUACCCUGAACCUAUAGGCUGGAGCAUUGUGAAAGAACGGUGCUAAACAUAGCAUUUGAAAAAUCAUUCUUAUUGUAAGCACGACGCUUCAGUCAAUCCUCUGUACAUGUUUUUUGUUACCUGAACUGUAAUAGGUUUUAAAUCAUUGAUCACUGCUUUUGGCUAUCUGAAAAAGAAGUAGUCAAUAGUUGACCAUACUUCAUGUUGGUGUUUUAGUCCAUCUAUGGUCCAAGACACAGGCAGAAGAAAUGCCCACAGCUCCAGAUGAAUGUGUAGUGG